CCUCCCUUUCAUUUCAACGGAUUAAAUUUCAUUUGUUUAAUGACACGUGGAUUACGAUAAGAUUAGUGUUAAUUAUUCAACUGUGCAUGUUUUAAAUGCUCUUUAAAACCAUUUUAUCAAAUUUAUUUAAAUACAAACCAUCGAUAAAGUUUGCCGCUGCAAUGUCGACAGAACCUCUUAGUUUGGUGACAUUAAGUAAAUUGAAAGAGAAGUACUAUGCAGAUCCAAAGAAUGAAUUGGCUCAGAAUGCGUGUACUCGGUUUGACCCAUUUGAAGUUGCCAUCAGAAGGAGACAAGCCGACAGCACCUUGCAUGUCUAUAAUAUCAAGCUGGAGUCUGAAGGUAAGCCGGUGACUAACCAAGAGAAUACUGGUCGGUGCUGGUUGUUUGCUGCACUCAAUGUUAUGCGUUUGCCUUUUAUGAAGAAAUAUGGACUCGAUGAGUUUGAAUUCUCUCAAGGUUAUCUAUUUUUCUGGGACAAAAUCGAAAGGUCUCAUUACUGGCUCAAUAAUAUUGUACAGACAGCCCGACAAGGGGAAGAUCUGGAGGGUCGGCUUGUCAACUUUUUAUUGAAGGAUCCCAUAAAUGAUGGGGGGCAGUGGGACAUGAUUGUGAACCUCGUCAACAAGUACGGUCUCAUGCCCAAGAAGUGCUUCCCCGAGUCGUUCAGCUCAAGACGUAGUCUGCACAUGAAUGCUAUUAUAAAAACUAAGUUGCGUGAAUUCGCGAAGGAAUUGCGAGAUAAGGUGUCAGCCAAUGCAUCAGACGCAGAGAUACAGAAGACCAUAGACUCGCAGAUGUCUGUCAUAUAUCAAAUUGUUGCUACUUGCCUUGGCACUCCUCCGGAACAGUUCACAUUAGAAUUCUACAACAAGGAGAAAGUGUACAACAACUUUGGUCCAUUGAGCCCUCAGGAGUUUUACAACAAACAUGUCAGACCACUCUUCAAUGUUGAUGACAAGGUGUGUCUGGUGAGUGAUCCGAGGCAAUCCAAUCCUUUCGGCAAUUUAUACACGCUGCAGUGUCUCGGCAACAUGGUGGGCGGCCGACAGACUGCCUACAACAACCAGCCAAUCGAGACCCUCAUGAAGGUAGUAAAAGACAGUAUACAAGGUGGCGAGGCGGUGUGGUUCGGAUGCGAGGUCUCCAAGAGAUUUGAACGCAAAAAUGGUCUCGAAGACUUGGAUGCUCAAGACUUCAAGCUGGUGUUCAACACAGAUGUCCAAGUUGGUCUUAACAAGGCGGACCGGCUUAUGUAUGGAGAUUCUUGUAUGACUCAUGCUAUGGUGUUCACUGCGGUGGGGACUGAUGAGCAAGGUAAUCCUCUAAAAUUCAGAGUGGAGAAUUCCUACGGUGACAAGGAAUAUGACAAGGGUUAUCUAUUACUCACUACGCCAUGGUUCAAGGAGUUUGUUUUUGAGGUUGUUGUAGAUAAAAAAUUUGUACCAGAGUCUGUAUUGGAAGUGUUCAAGCAAGAGGCGAAAGUGUUGCCAGCCUGGGACCCCAUGGGUACACUCGCUUGUCCCGUGUGUUGCAAGGAGUAAAUAAAUUGUUGGAAAAUGUAUUCAGAAGCUACCAAUUUGCAAUUUUUUUUUUAGGGAAUCUCAAAAUUUUUUUAUAA